AUGCUCCGAAAGCCCGUCGGCUCAUUCGACCGCGAUUUAAACGAAUUCUCGAUUCGGCCUCCUCAAUUGGGUCUACUUGCCAGCCCCCGACAAUGGGCAUGGGCCCAUUUACGAAUUUUCGAGCCCGAUCAACCCCUAAGCUCGACCAGGCCCGUGCCCGUCAUUAUCUUCUUUCAUGUCAGAAGCUUCGUCCACUCCUCAGCCAACAGUGCCAUAUACAACACGUUCUGCCGCCGCCUCGUUGCCAUUUGUCGGGCAGCCGUUGUCUCGGUUAACUACUGCCGCUUGCCGGAGCACCGCUGCCCGGCCGCUUACGAGGACGGUUGGGCAGCCUUGAUGUGGUCCCGGUCGAGGCCCUGGCUGACAAGUGGCAGCAAAAGGAGGAACCGAAGAAGGUUCGUGCUUACCUGGUAG